AUGGAGUCAUCUAGCCCGCAUUUAGAAAACGAUCAAACUUAUGAGCAAGAAAAGACGGAGUCAGAGGAGAAUGAGGUGGUCAAACAGUUGAUUAAACUCAAAAUCAACAAAAAUGCUCAAAUGAUCAGAAAGUUUUACGAUGGCAAAACGAAACCGAUUAGAAUCGCUGGAAAUGCAAAGGUAUAUCUGGAACCGAUUACUAUCAAAAACUGUAUGCAAUUCAAGAAGAUCAACGAUGCUGUCUGCAACUAUAUCUUCAACGAGAAACUGUACUUCAUUGCUAGUCGUUCGCAAGAAUUUGCACGUCUUGCUUAUUACAACGAUGUCGCCGUUGGAGGACUUCUGAUUAUGCCCAUUAAGGAAGGAGAUGGAACGUUUUUCCUCAAUCUUGGAGUUCUGGAGCCAUAUCAGCAAUGCGGCAUCGGCACAAUCAUUCUUGAAUACGCACUCAGAGUUGCUCAAAUUCUCACACCUAUCAAGGCGUACCAUUUGCAAUUGCAGGGAAGUAACGAACGCGCUAUCAAGUUCUACGAAAAGCACGGAUUUGUCAAAGGUAAAGAUAUUAUCGAAAACUUCUACACCGACGAACCAAAGGAUGCUCUGUUGUACAUCAAGCAGUUCCGCGAAUGA